UAAAGUUGGUUCGAGUUCUGUUUAGUAAAAGUAUUUUUUUAAGGCAAUUAUAAUAAUUGAUUGCUGCUAGUGCAAAAGAUUUUCCUAAAUUUACGAACUCUGUGUGCUUCCUGUCGGUCACCAUCACCAUUCACCAUCGAUCGGCCGGUUUUGAUAAAUUCAGAAAUAAAAACGAAAAAUGGCAGAAAAAUCGGAAACUCUCGUGACGAAGGAAGAGAAGGUGGCAGAAGCGAAAGAGCUGUUUGGCCGUGGAAGUCGAAACUAUUGCAUGAAACAGUACUCAGAGGCUGCCGACGAUCUUAGCGCUUGUUGCACCAUCUACUCGGAGUUGUAUGGUCCGACGGCGGACGAAUGUGGUUCAGUCUAUUUGUUGUACGCCAAGUCCUUGAUUGCUUUAGGCAAAGACGAGAACAAUUUGAUUGUACCGGGCGAAGGAGAAGAGGAGGAAGAUGAUGGAGAUGAAGAGGGCGAAGACGGUGAAGAAGGUGAUGAGGAGGGAGAUGGCGAGGAUGACGGGGAAGGAAAGGUUCCGGAAGGAGAGAAAGAAGACAAAUCAGACAACAACAGCGAAGAGACAGCUGAGGCAGAGAAAGUUGAAAAUAAAGAAUCCAAAAUAGAUGACACAGCAGCAGCAGAAUCCUCAUCGAAAAUGGAAGAAGAACCACAGCCUGGACCAUCGACAUCAAAUGGUGAACAACAGCAAAAUGAAGAAACGGAAGAAGAUGAAGAGGAGAAGUGCGAGGGUAACUUGGAAGUGGCUUGGGAAAUUUUGGAACUGGCGGUAAAAAUCUUCGAAGGGCAAGGAGAAUCAUCUUUGGAUAACUUGUCUGAAUGUUACGCCGAAUUGGCAAGCAUUUCUUUGGAGAACGGAAAUUUUGCUCUUGCUAUCAGUGAUUACAACAAAGCUCUGGCGGUGUAUGAUAAAACGGGCAAGUCUGACCGACGAGUCAUUGCCGAAAUUCACUAUAAAAUUGGUCUUUGCCAUUUGAUGCAAAAUGAAUAUGACGACUCGAUUAAGGCUUUCCGUGAGGCAUGCAGCGAAAUGGAUAAUGUCGUUCUGCAGGAAAAAGCUAAGGAACAGGACGACAAAACUGAGGCUGCAAUUAAAAAUCUUGAGGAAACCAAGCAGGAAGUUAUGGAGAAAAUAGCGGAAGUUGAAGAUACUAAGAAGACGUCGAUCGAGGUAGUCAAACGUGAAUUGUCCAAAAUCAUUGUCAAAUGUGAUAGCACGAACGGCUUUGAUGGUGCCGGCCCUUCUUCAUCUUCUUCUGCGACCAACGGAACUUCCUCCAGUGCAAAAAGUACCGAAAAACCCACCGACAUCACUCACCUAAUCAAACGUAAGAAACCGGACUCGGCCACCACCGAGAUUGAAGGUUCUCCCGCUAAGAAGACGGCAGUUGAGGCAGACAAGAGCAGCGACUAAAUUCGACGUAUUCCGUUUCCUUCUUUUUGAAUAUUUACGUUUCUUUCUCUAUCCUGUUAUUCGCGAUACUCCCAGUGAACAGUUUACCACUGUGAAUUUUAAGUUAUUUUUACCAUCUUUCCUUUUUAAAUAAGAAAAUAGUUGUGAUUGCAAGGUUAAAUAAUCGAAAAUAAAUUCAUGUCUAUGUAU